AUGUCGGUGGAUAUUGGAUGGGAGAAGAUUACCUCGGGCCCUGAUGGCGCUGCCCUUGCCGAGAAAAUUCGGGCUUUCGUCCAUGACAAGUUUCAGCAGAUCCCCCUCCCCCGUUUCAUCAAUGCCGUCCAUGUCCACUCAUUCGAGCUUGGGUCAGUCUGUCCCGAAAUCGAGAUCAAAGAUAUCUGCGACCCGCUUCCUGACUUCUAUGAGGAUGAAGAGGAUGACGAGGAUGACGAGGAAGGCGCCGAAGGAGACGUGGACACAUCUGCCAUUGGGUCUGCACAGAACGACGGGGCUGAGACCAUGAACCAAUACGUGCCUCAGGAGUCUGCCUCUUCUUCUCAUCAACCACGUUCGGUGCCACAACUGUCCAACAUCAUCACGGGCUCAGGGAACGGUCACUUCAAUGCCUUGGCCUCUAUCAAGGAAGGACUCAGCGCAGGCGACGAGGCUUUUGCGGGGCCUUUCCCACGAAGUACGACUCCAGGCAUCCCAGGCGGGACAUCCAAUCUCAGCUACUUCCAUUUCCCUGGAGGCGGUCUUUCUGGGACUCAGACUCCAUUAGCGGCAGUUGCAAGCGGAACGCCUUUCAGUCCUCGGCCCUGGUCGCACGACCCAUCUCAUAAUUUCAGCUUGACGCAUCAGACGCCUAUUCAUGGACCAACGCAUAUCAAGCCAUCGGGCCAAGACACGACCGGUCACGACGAUCCAUCUACUAGACCUUCCACCGCAAACAGCAUCUCGUCUCCACGUGGCUCAGAGUCCACGCCUUCAUCCCCUCAGCUGCCUCAUAGAGCACAGCCCGCCGGUGAGAGCGGCCAGGGCGAUACUGCACUCGAUGCACUGACGCCUUUGUCCGCAUCUAGGCUUCAGAGUCGGCAGGUGUCAGAUCUGCAAGUAGUGACAAGGGUCAAGUAUGCCGGCGACGUGCGCAUGACUCUAACGGCCGAAAUACUACUUGACUAUCCAAUGCCGAGCUUCGUUGGAAUUCCUCUCAAAUUAGCCAUCACCGGUUUGACAUUUGACGGUGUCGCUAUUGUGGCUUGGGUCAAAAAGAAGAUGCAUUUUUGCUUUCUCGAUUCUGAGGACGCUGCUGCACUCGUCGGAGAAAGCGUGGCAAAUGAUCGACGGAAGAAAGCAGGUAGCACAACAGGUUCUGGGACCGGUCUGCCUGGGCCGCUGCAAGAAAUCCACGUGGAGAGCGAGAUAGGACGACAGGAGGACGGCAAACAAGUACUCAAAAACGUGGGAAAGGUGGAAAAGUUCGUCCUUGAGGAGGUCAGGAAGAUCUUCGAGGAAGAAUUCGUCUUUCCCAGUUAUUGGACCUUCUUGGUUUGA